AUGAAGACUGGAGCUAGGUCAAAUCCAGUAGUCCUCUAUUGGCACCGGACGGAUUUACGACUUCAUGACUCACCAGCUUUGCACGCUGCUCUGUCGUUGAAGCCUUCCGUUUUCAUUCCAGUCUGGACAUGGGACCCCCAUUAUGUGUACAAAGCACGUGUGGGCCCGAAUCGCUGGAAAUUCCUACUAGAAUGUCAGGCCCAGCUAUCCAAAGGAUAUGAAAGACUGAACUCGAAGCAGAAACUGUGGAUUGUCAGGGAAGGUCCACAGACGAUUCUUCCUAAGCUCUGGAAGCAUUGGGGUGUCACGCAUCUCGUGUUUGAGAAAGACACAGAUGCAUACGCUCAAGAUCGGGAUAGUGCCGUUAUGGCCAUGGCUGAAAAAGCGGGGGUUGAGGUCAUAGUCAAGAUGGGCAGGACUCUGUUUGAUUCCGAUGAGUUGGUUGUGAAGAACAAUGGUAAGCCAACGAUGAGCAUCACUCAACUUGAAAAGGCUGCCAUGAAAAUCAAUAAUGGAAACCCGGACAAGCCAAUCGAUGCUCCAGAGAGCAUUCCCGAUCCAUGGGGUGAAGAGAGAAUGGACCUCAGCAGCCUUGAGCAUGACUCGAUUGAUAACAAACCAGACUUCAAUGCGGAACAUCGCAUCAAGAAGGAUGAACAGUACUCCAAUAUUAUGGGCCCCAGCAAUGACUUCGCUGUUCCGUGGGAUGAUAUCGGUAUUGAUCUGUCGCAAGCGGCUACGCCUCAUCGGGGUGGUGAGGAAGAAGCAUUGAAGGUGUUGGGAGAAUGUAUCAAAAAUGAAGAAUACAUUGCACGAUUCGAGAAGCCGCAGACGUCUCCAGCAGAUUUCGAGCCUCAGUCAACUACGCUAUUGUCGCCUCAUCUCCACUUUGGCUCGCUAUCUGUGAGGAAAUUCUGGUGGGAUGUUCACGUCGUGAUGGAGAAGCAAAGAAAGGCUAAAAAGCCUGUGGCGUCUGUGCCAACCAAUCUCCCAGGUCAAUUAUUGUUCAGAGAUAUGUAUUUUGCGGCACAAGCACACCUCGGUCAUCGAUUUGCUCGUACGCAUGGAAACGAGGCUGUGAGGUUUAUCGAUUGGCAUCUGCAAUCUAACCCUCCAGACAAAAAUGGAUCGGUCGAUGGGUCUUAUGAAGUGGACUCGCAGGAGGCUGAGGAAUGGUUCCAGCGGUGGAAAGAGGGUCGAACGGGCUUCCCUUGGAUCGAUGCAUUGAUGCGCCAGCUCAGGAAGGAGGGAUGGAUCCACCAUCUUGGAAGACACAGUGUCGCUUGCUUUCUGACUCGAGGUGGAUGUUAUGUCUCAUGGGAGAGAGGUGCAGAAGUUUUUGAAGAGCUGCUGAUUGAUCAUGAAACUGCGUGUAACAUCGGUAACUGGCAAUGGCUAUCUUGCACGGCCUUUUACGCGAUGUUUUACCGCUGCUAUUCGCCAGUCGCAUUCGGUAAGAAGUGGGAUCCGGAAGGAAAAUUGAUCAGACGGUACUGUCCUGAGCUUGCAAAGUUCGACAAGAAGCAUAUAUAUGAGCCUUGGAAAGCGCCCAUUGCCGAUCAGAAAAAAUGGGGAUGUAGAGUUACCGGAGAUGGAACUUUAUCUGCUCGUUCCGAUGAUACCAAAGAUACAUAUCCGAAACCUAUGUUCGAUUUUGAUGAGCGGCGGCAGAUUUGUUUGGAUGCUAUGAAGCACGCUUAUGAUGUUGGUCUCCAUGGAGGCGAUGCUAAAGUCAAGGAUGGGUCAUGGAAGAAUGAAUUUGGAGAUUCUGGGAGCGAAAGGCCCACAAAAAAGCAAAAGACGUGA